GCUCAAUAGGAGAGGACCGUACACCCGCUCCCCGACCUAGUCAAUAGAGGUAGCAUCGUCACACACAUACCCACUCCUCCACCUCUCCCUUCCAAAUCUAAGCGCAUGGGGGCGCCAGCUUCAGCCUUGCACAGCCCCACGAAGCCUUACACAGCCCCAAGUCCAGCCUCUCGUCGCGGCAAAAGCCACCCGAAAAUCUUUGUCAAUUGCUGUUCGCAUUCUCAAUACUUCUGUGUAAUGAGGGUGUAACUGCUCUUUUCUUCAUAAGAAGCAUCUCAGUUCGUGCUUCAAAAGCCAAUGCAAUAGCAUGGCGGAAGCCAUCGCCGUAGUCGGCAUUGUCGCUAACAUAGUUCAGCUCAUUGACUUCGGCUCCCGGCUUCUAAAACGUCUUGGAGAAUAUCAGUCCGAGCUCGGAGACAUCCCAGAAGCGUUCCGCCAUAUCAAAUCCGAGCUGCCAGUGCUGCUAGAUGCCCUCCGGCAGACCAAAGCGGCGAUCGAUACUGGAUAUAUGCAAGCUGAAUCCCAAAAGGCGCUCCUUCCUGCUAUUGAAGGGUGUAGGGUACAGAUAAAGGCACUGGACGAUGUAAUCGCAAAAGCGUUACCUACAUCAGGUGAUUCUUGGGCUAGAAGAGGCAGGAAAGCACUUGGAAGCCUUCGGUAUGACGCAAAGGUGGAGAGGAUAACCUCAGUCGUCCGGGGGUAUAUCCAGACUUUAACAUACCAUGCCGCCGCAUCACCAAGGCCCUUAACAGACCGAACCCUGCCACCCACCACCCCUUCUUCCACUGUCCCUUUCCGGCGUGAUCCACACUUUGUGGACAGCAACAUCCUUUCUGAAAUACAUAGUAAGAGCCAGCAAUCUGCGUCCAGAGUAGCACUUGUUGGCCUUGGUGGCGUAGGAAAGUCGCAGCUUGCUGUCGAGUACUCCUACCAAGUACGAGAAAAGUCGCCAGAUAUCUGGGUCUUCUGGGUGCAUGCAAGCAGCAGAGCUAGAUUUGAGGAAGGCUACAGGAAAAUUGCUGAACGAGCUAGGCUUCCUGGAUGGGAUCAACAAGAUGUCGACAUUCUACAGCUUGUCUACAACUGGCUGUGCGAUGAGGCAAAUGGCCGCUGGGUGAUGAUUAUCGACAAUGCAGACGAUCUAAGCGUCUUCCCCCGUCCAUUGCAGAGUCGUAGUGGCAGCAAACACGAUGCUGCUGGCAAUGCAGUAUCCUCUUUGCUGGAGUUUCUGCCCCAAUCUCCAAACGGGUCUAUUCUAAUUACCUCCCGGAGCCGAGAUGCCGCCUUUCGACUGACAGGAAGCUACGCCGACAUUAUUAAGGUCCAACCUAUGGACCGGACAUAUGCUCUGGCGUUGCUCCAAAACAAGCUUGAAGGGAGCUUUAAACAAGAUGAUGCUGAGGCGCUAGUUGAGGCGCUUGACUACAUGCCCCUUGCCAUCACCCAAGCCGCCGCUUACAUUUGCCAGAGAGCGCCGCGUGUUACAGUGUCGAGAUAUUUACAAGACCUCCGCAAAGGCGACCAAGAUAGAGCUAAUCUUCUAGAAAUGGACAUUGAGGACUCUCGCAGGGACGGAACGGCGUCAAACUCUAUUAUUGCUACCUGGCAGAUCUCUUUCGAGCAUAUCCUCAGAGUGAGACCUUCCGCAACGCGGCUGCUGUCGCUCAUGAGUUUUUUUGAUCGACAGGGGAUUCCGGAGUCUUUGCUUAGUAGUCGCUAUCAAGAGGAUAAUGACCCUAGCCCUAAUUUUGAGGACGACUUGAACACGUUGACGAACUUCUCUCUGGUUGUAACAGACGUAGGCGGACACCAGUUUGAAAUGCACCGACUUGUGCAAUUCUCUACAAGGACAUGGCUCGAGCUACAGGGCGAGCUGGAAAGCUGGAGGGAAAAGUAUGUUAGGCUUAUGGAUGAUAGUUACCCGGUGGGGGUGUAUGAGAAUUGGAAAUCAUGCCAAGCGCUGCUCCCACACGCUCAAGCAAUAUUAGCGUCUCGGCCAUCCAGUGGUAGCGUACUAGAGGCAUGGGCGUCGGUUCUUUUUAAGGCUGCAUGGUAUGUAGAUAAUAUGGGAAACUAUAAAGUAGCGCAGGAGAUGGGCCGAAGGGCUUUAGAGGCAAGGGAGGUCGCUCUAGGAUCAGAGCAUCUAACCACGCUCUCCAGCGUCAGCAGACUUGGGGUAGUGUUGGGGAAGCAGGGGAAAUAUGAAGAGGCGGAAGCAAUGCACCGACGAGCACUAGAAGGAAGAGAAAAGGCACUUGGGGCAGAGCACCCAAGCACACUCGCCAGCGCUAACAACCUUGGGUUAGUAUUAGAGAGCCAGGGGAAGUAUGAAGAGGCAGAAGCGCUUCACCGACAAGCGCUAGAAGGAAAAGAGAAGGCUCUAGGGCCAGAUCACCCAGACACGCUCACUAGCGCCGACAACCUUGGGUUGGUAUUGGAGAGUCAGGGAAAGUACGAAGAGGCGGAAGCGAUGCAUCGGCGAGCACUAGAAGGAAGAGAGAAGGCAUUUGGGCCAGAGCACCCAGACACGCUCGCCAGCGCCAACAACCUUGGGAUGGCGUUAGAGAGGCAGGGAAAGUAUAAGGAGGCUGAAGAAAUGCACCGUCGGGAUCUAGAAGGAUCAGAGAAGACACUUGGACCAGAGCACCCAAGCACGCUCACCAGCGCCAGCAACCUUGGGAUUGUGUUAGAAAGGCAGGGAAAGUAUAAAGAGGCGGAAGCAAUGCACCGUCGGGAUCUAGAAGGAUCCGAGAAGGCACUUGGGCCAGAUCACCCAGACACACUCACCAGCGCCAACAACCUUGGGAUAGUGUUGGCGAGCCAGGGGAAGUACGAAGAGGCAGAAGCGAUGUACCGGCAAGCGCUAGAAGGAUACAGGAAGGUACUUAGACCGGAGCACCCGUACAUGUUAACCAGCGCUCGCAAUCUUAGGGGGGUGUUGGAGAGGCAGGGAAAGUAUAACCAGGUGGAAGCGGUGCACCAACAGGAUCUAGAAGGAUAAUACAAAUCUAUUCUAGAGCCAGCUUGAUUCUGUUAUAGUUCGAGCCACAGAAUUUAAU